AAAUAUUACUUUCUCACAGGAGAACGAACAGUUCCUCCACGCCAGUACGAGGGACAGUACCCUACAGCUGGAGAUUAUGCUGAAGCACUGCGGUCGUGGAUGAACCAAAUGUACCAGUGGCAGUGUGCAGCAGCAGCAUUUCCUUAUUUUCUUGCAUCUAUACAAAAGCAGAAUGGAAUUGGGAGUUCUGGGCCGCCAGUCCCUCCCCCAAGCCAGCCGCAGCAGCCAGCCCCAACUCCUACAACACCGCCUGCGUCUGAGCAGAGAAACGCCAACCAGCAGCAGCAGCAACAGCCCCAAGAACAACAGCAAAGAGGUGUAGAAUAUGUAAUCCCACCUCUGUGGAAGAGACUUAUUGCCGAGGCCAUUGACUUCCUUCUACUGUUUGUCAUCAAGUUAGCCGUCACAUUUGCUGCAGUGGAUGCCUUUGAUCUACUGAGUGAUGUAGAAAAAUAUGACUUUGAGAAUUUAGGAGCUGACAUCAUGGCUGAUUACAAAAUAGCUCUUGAAAUGACAUCAGAAAUUCUUGUGCUUGAGUUAAUCCACCGUAUUGGCACGUGUGUGUUUGAGGCCCUCUGUUUACACCGUGGUUCAGGUGGGACAGGUGGAGCAACUCCAGGCAAGAAACUGAUAGGGCUCAAGGUGGUACGAUGCGAGUGGGUUGUGCCCACUUUAGGUGAACAAGCUUUAGUUUUCCCUGCAUCAGAUCUGGGGUUAAGUCGUGCUGCCAUUCGUUCCGUGGUGAAGAAUUUCCUGACCUUCCUCUUCCCUAUCUGCUUCACACUUUUCUCAUUCCAACACAAUCGCACUGUGUAUGACAUCAUAGCUGGUUCCAGUGUUGAGGAAAGGCCCAACCAAAGACGGAGAGUUAAUAACAAUGCUAACUAGUGUAAGGGAAUUAUAAAGUGUCCAUGUGGAUUUCCCAUCAGACUUCAUCAGAGAGCAAGAAUGACUUGAUUAUAAGACAAGAAAGACAUUGUAUAUGGUUCUGAAAGAAUGAAAGAGGAUUUUAGAUAUGAUUAUAUCCAAUUGCAUUUUUCAGAUCCUGAAUAAAUGAUAAUUGAAUACUUCAUAAAACAGGUGCUUUGUUCAUAAAAGUUUGAAAGUUUGCAACAUAUAAUGGGAACUAUGGGAAGGUUUCAGUUACCACUGCAUUACAAAUAUAGAUUUUUUAUUAUGUAAAUAUGAUUACAGUACUAUCUCACUCAAUAU